UUCUCUGGGAAGCCUCGGUGGACCCCAGCCCAGAUGCCAGACUUGGAGGGAAAGGUCGUUAUCGUGACCGGUGGCUCGUCAGGAAUAGGGAAAGAGAUAGUCAGGGAAUUGCUCCUUCACAACGCUAAAGUGUAUCUUGCUGCGAGGAAUCCCGAGAAGACGAGAAAUGUUAUCGAGGAGCUAACGAAGGCUACGGGGAAGACUGCGGUUUUCUUGAACUUGGAUCUAGGAGACCUGAAAUCUGUCAAGGCCGCUGCGGAGGAGUUUCUUUCGAAAGAGAAGAGUCUCGAUAUCCUGUUCAAUAAUGGAGGUGUGAUGCUAGCUCCCCAUGAAAUGCUCACUGUCCAAGGCUACGAUUAUCACUUUGGCGUUAAUGUCCUCGGUCACUUUUACCUCACGAAGCAGCUGCUACCGACAUUACUGGCAACAGAAAGCAAGGUGCGCGCGGUGGCGACCUCGUCCUCGGCUAUCUAUCUGCCUUUGGGGAGCAAGAUCUCGUUCGACACGCUCAAGGAUGGACCAGCGAAGAAAAGGAAAUCCCUGAAGGAUCUGUACGGUCAAAACAAAGUGGGUGAUGCGAUGUUUGCAUUAGAACUGACGAAGAGGUGCAGGGACAAUGGGACAGUAUCCAUCAGCCUCAAUCCCGUUAACCUAAAGACGGAUCUCGACCAACAU